AUGUCGCACGUGUCGACCUUUGCCGCGGGCGAGCUGCCCAUCCGCGUCCUCUCUUUCAACCUCUGGGGCAUCUUUAAUUCGAAGAUGCGCGAGGCACGCAUGAAGGCCUUCGCCACGAAGAUUGAGCACUACGAUGUCAUCUUGCUACAGGAGCAGUUCUCCGCCGAGGACUUCGACCUCAUCUUCCAGCACGCCUCACCGGUGGUGCAGCGGACGUACACCUUUCGUCGGUUCUGCAGCUCCUUCUACGGCUCCGGCUGCGCCGUCAUCUCACGCUACCCCAUUUGCCAGGCCUUUUUCCACACCUUCCCCCUCCAGGGCUGCCCGGAGAUGGUCCUUCACGGCGACUUCUUUGCGAACAAGGGAGCGGCCAUGGUGCGGGUGAUGGUGCCGGUGACGAUGGAGGAUGGCAGCGCCGCUAAGGCACAGGUGACCCUCUAUACCACUCACCUUGUCGCCGUAUACGAAAAGGUUAGCCAGCUGUCCUCGUGGAAGCGCGAACGGUACCUCCCCUUCCGCAUCUCGCAGGCGAUCUCGUUCGCGGAUUUCAUCGUAAGCACCUCGCGUCCGACCGACCGCAUCAUCAUCGGCGGCGACUUCAACUGCUCUCAGCGCUCGCUCGAGGUGCAGAUGAUGCUGAUCCUGCUCAAGCGGUGCGGGUACAACAUGCACUCCGUCUUGCCCCCGCCGCGGGCGCUGCGGGAUGCAGCGACGGUGGGGCAGGAGUGCGACGAUGUGCAGCGCUUCUUCACCUAUUCGGACCGCAACGCCUUCAACUCGAUGAAGACGUCGUACUUUAAGCUGCUCAAGCUGGAGGCGGACAUCCCCUCGCAGAUUGAUCACAUUUUCUUCUCUCGUCCAGCCUUCGCGCUGCGCCAGUUUGCCGACUGCCCGGACGUCGCCGAGGGCUACCCGUGCGCCUUGCGAGACGCGCCGAACGGGCUCGUCGUCUUUACCAAAAGUGAGGUUUACGUUCCGCCGCACUCAACGUGGUACGGGUCCCUGUGGCACCAGCUGCUCACCGCCAAGCGCAUGCCACGCGGCGCCAAUGCGACUGGGCAACUAGCGAAGUCGGGGAGCAAGACCGCGUUGUCAACGGAAGAACAGAGUGCGGACGACGCAGCCCACUACUACCCCAUAUCGGACCACUUUGGCGUGGCAGCGUUGCUCGGCAUGCGUGUGGAAACGGUGGGCUCUAGCGCUGAGACAGGCGACGCGGCCGCGUUGGCGCUCACCUCUGACGAGGCGCGGGCUGUCCAGACGGUGGUGGACUUCUUGGAGGACUACGUGUGCAAGCUCCGCUCCCAGGCCAAGACAACGCGCUACAUGGCGGUGUUGUCAGUGCUGUUGGUGGCGGCGAACAUCUGGGUCCUUCGGCAACUGAGCGCGAAGGAGGAGGUUCGCUCAGCGGCGGUACUGGAGCACCUAUACGACAUGGCAGCCGCCACCACCCGCGAUACGGCAAAGGUGGUGCAGCAGGACAAGGGGCUCGAGUCCAUAAAGCAUGGCUUUAACGUGGCGAAGGACUGGGUGAGUAACCAGGCGCACCUGACGCUGCGCAUCGUGAACAAAGUCACUGGAGCAGGCAUCGACGCCUGCGACACACCAGAGGGGUCCAAGCAGCCUGCCGCUAACGUGGCCGAUCCGUCAGAACCGGUGCCGAGGACCGUCCCCGCGUCCACCGCCGCUAGGACUGCCAAGAGGGCCACCACCACACCGGAGGGCGAUGCUGCCGCUUUUGCUGCUGUGCGUCCAGACUUCCGUGCCAUCGCGGAGGCGCUGACGGUGCGUCCAUUGUAUGCCUCCACGUGGGUCUCCUCCGCGUUCAACAUGACCGCCGCCGUUGUGGGCACUGUGUCCUUCGCGAUUGGCGUGUUCCAGCGCGCUGGUAACGCCAAUAUCCUCGAAGAACAAGUGCAUCAGCUGAAGAAGUUGUAG